CGCGCCCGCGGCUCCGCCUCGCCUCGCCAUGGUGGAGCAGGGAGACGCGGCGCCUCUGCUGCGCUGGGCCGAGGGCCCCGCCGUCUCCCUGCCGCAGGCCCCGGAGCCGCAGGCGGGAGGCUGGGGCCGGGGCGGCGGCGGGGGCGCCCGGCCGGCCGCGGAGCCGCCCCGGAGGCGGGAGCCCGAGGAGCCGGCCGCCCCGGAGGUGCUGCUGCAGCCCGGGCGCCUGGAGCUGGGCGACGUGGAGGAGGACCAGGUGGUGGCCGUGUUCGUGGUCACCUUCGACCCCCGCUCGGGAAACAUGGUAGAAUGGUGCUUACCUCAAGAUAUUGACCUUGAAGGUGUUGAGUUCAAGUCUAUGGCCAGUGGGUCCCAUAAAAUCCAGUCUGAUUUCAUCUAUUUCCGAAAGGGGCCCUUCUUCGGCCUGGCCUGCUUUGCCAACAUGCCAGUGGAGAGCGAGCUGGAACGUGGCGCGCGGAUGAAGUCUGUGGGCAUCCUGUCUCCCUCCUACACACUGCUCUACCGCUACAUGCACUUCUUGGAGAACCAGGUUCGGCACCAGCUGGAGAUGCCAGGACAUUACUCUCAUCUGGCUGCCUUCUAUGAGGACAAAAAGGGAGUGCUCCAUGCUGGUCCCGGCAGAGGCAGCAGCCUGCCCCCUGUCUACUGGCUGCCUUCCAUCCACCGAUACAUGUACCCUGAGAUGAAGAUCACACACCCAGCUGGCUGCAUGUCUCAGUUUAUAAAGUUCUUUGGAGAACAGAUCCUCAUCCUCUGGAAAUUUGCCUUACUCCGAAAGCGCAUUUUGAUAUUUUCUCCCCCACCUGUGGGCGUGGUGUGCUAUAGAGUGUACUGCUGCUGCUGCUUGGCCAACGUUUCACUGCCUGGCAUCGGGGGCACCAUUCCUGAGUCCAAGCCUUUCUUCUACGUGAACGUGGCUGACAUCGAGAGCCUGGAGGUAGAGGUGUCCUAUGUGGCCUGCACCACAGAGAAGAUAUUCGAGGAGAAACGGGAGCUGUAUGACGUCUACGUGGAUAACCAGAAUGUGAAGACACACCAUGACCACCUGCAGCCGCUGCUGAAGAUCAACAGUGCUGACAGGGAGAAGUACCGCCGGCUCAACGAGCAGAGGCAGAUGCUGUUGUACUCCCAGGAAGUAGAAGAAGACUACAACCCUUGUGAAGAGGACCUCUUCGUGCUGUGCAGAAGCCAGGGCCUUUCCACCUCACAGUACUGUUUUCAUUCCUAGACAGCUGGGUGAAGCAGCCUUCUGUGGCAUCAACUGAAUUGUCCCAGCUUCCUGUUUGGUCUUCCAGGGGUGAGGUUGUGGUUUGAUGUUGAAAACUUAAUGUGGGCAUUUCUACAAAGGUGCAGCACCUUGAUUCUAAUAGUGGACUUCCUAAAACCUACAUCCUGUUUAGGUGGAAGGUAUGUGAGACUUGAGCACAGCCACAGUCUCAUCCAGGUAUGACAUGUGCCACUGUGUCUGAAAUUCCUGAGCACCCAGGGCCGCUACAGGCACCAGGCACUUUGCCGACCUGAGAGCUGUAUGGGCCUGGACUCUGUCCUGAACGGGGCUUGUUUGUUCAUAAAGCACUCUAAAGCAGUGAGUUUUAAAUCCUGAUCUGUGCAUAAUCUCACUCCUCCCACAGAGUCAUCAAGGGAGAGCAAACACCCAAGGGUAACGUUGGCUCAGGUUCAUUUUGUUGUUGUUGAAUUUUUGCUUCCUCCUAGGACUAAGCAGAAAGAUAAGCAGUGUGUGGGGGCCUCUUCUCAGGCUGUGUUUAAACCCCGGUCACUUCCCUCAACAGGAAAAUGGAUUUUGACAGGCCAUCCUGCUUAGAGAUUUCCCUAAUCACACCAUAAUUAAUGCCAAAUGGUUUCUUUGCUAACCUUAGUGGCACUUGCAUAAUUGUUUAACUUUUACUCUUUUCUUCUUUUAAAAGAUACCUGCGAAUCCACUGAAAAGUACAUUAAACAAAACAGUAUAGUUUUGGUUCCCCAUAUGUGGAUUACCUGGUGAGCUUUAUUUCCCCCCCGCUUCCUUUCCUGUGUCUUGUCUUCCAAAUGCAGGUUUUUCCUAGAACAAAACAACCGGAUAUUUCAGACUUUGUUGGAGGUGUCUGCCAGUCAGGACAAAACUCUGACAGCAGAGCAUGCCCGGGGCAUGGGCCUAGACCCCCAAGGAGACCGGAGCUUUCUCCUGGACCUGCUGGAGGCCUAUGGCAUUGAUGUCAUGCUGGUCAUCGACAACCCCUGUUGCCCGUAGGAGGAGCCAACAGGACUGGGAGCCGCUUCACAUGGGAUGUCAGCAGCCUGGAGUUCACCCCAGACCCCCAGAGGGCCUCAUUUUUUAUUAAGUUGACACAAAGGAAUAUUGUUUAUACUUUCCAACAAACAUAAUUUUUGCAAUUUCCUUUCUGCCCCUUUCCCUAGAGAUAAGGUGAGAUCGCCUUGGUUUUGUGUCCUGCUGUGUUAGGAUAUUGGAAUCUGCCACUUUCUCCCAGAGCUGCUGGUCCUUUGGGCUUGGUCAUGGGAGUUGUAUCACUAGGAGUAGGCUGAGCUCUGGAAACAUUGGGAUGGGCUUUUCAGAAAGUCUUUGUGGUCUUUGUCCCUUGAUGUAUUUAAGAAUAAGACAACCAUCUGUCCCCUGUGGCCUUAGAUGUUCAUCUUCCUAAAGGCAGAAACUAGACCAGAUGAUCUUUUAAAGUUUUUAGUAGUUCUAGGAAGUCUGUAGUCUUGGGAUCAAAUCCCUUUUCUUGUUCAUUAGGGCAACUUUAUGUCUUCUCUGUUUACUUGAGUAGGGACCAUAAAGAGGGAAAAAAGGAUGUUUGUGACAACAAAUUUGAGGUUAUCUUAUGGUCAGAAUGACAGAGGUUGCUUAUCAGUGAGCUGAAAACUAAAAUUGUAGAAUGAAGCCUUGAAACCUUCCUCAAAGUAACUUCGCGGUGGCCAUGCAAUGUAAUGUUCCUUUCUCUGAACCCCUCCUCUUGGGAUGAAUUGGUAAAUUGCUAAGGGCCAAUGCUGGCCUUGGAGCUUGCAAGCAAAUUAAUUUUCCAAUUUAGUCUCUUAAGGGUUCAAUAUGCUCUUGGAGUAAGUUGGGUAUUUUUUAAAGGCUGAAGUUUCGGCUACUGGAGGAUAGAGCAGUUGAAGUUCGAGCAGGAUGGAGAAGCCACUCUAAGUCUCUUCAUCUGGACACGAGUUCUCUGGAGGCAUUAGCAGCAGCACCUCUGGGUCAACACAGAUUUACUGGAUUCCAAAAUCUAGCAAGGAUCUGAGCUGGUUAACUCAGAGGGUGGAGCAUGAUGCAUUUAUCAUUUUGGACCCCUCACAAACACACUUUAGCAGAGGUGACAUUCCUUAGGCUAAAUAAUUGGAUCCAGGGACAUAAUAGAUUUGUUGAGAGAAAAUGUGGCAGUGCCUUCACCCAGGACAGUGGUUAGGAAGCCCUGAGCAUCACUGAUGGAUUUAUCCAUUCUUUUCUGAAGUGCUCUGCUCUAGGCUGGGUCCUGUUGCCACCUGCCUGUUCUCUGGUUGGCUUCUGCAGGAGGGCAGCUUACAUGUUGUCAACCAGUUAGAAAGCCAGUUCCUGUGGGUCGAGUUUAGGCCUUUUUGGCCAUAGUUGAGAAUUUUGACUUGGGAUACUGGGUUGUUGGUGACAAAUAAUAUUUUCCUCUUCCCCCUUCCCGCCUGGCUCGGUUAUGGGAAUAGCCGUCAGUGCAUGCAUGUCUGUGACCAAGACCCAGCCAGAAUAAUGUACACAGCAGGGAGAAAUAACAUUCAGAUGGUGGGUCACACAUCUCAUCUCAAGAUAAGGUUCUUAGGGUUCACUGCUUUAUUCAAAAGUAUUUUCACUGUAGCUCCUUCAUAUGGAAUAUCAAAACUGAAGAAAUUCACAUGUGGAAAUGCAAAUAGACAUUGAUUAAUCAAGGUAGCAUCUUUAUGUAAAUAUAUAAAUAAGUUUGGGCAUUGAAAUGUAAACUGUACAGCUAAUAGACUUUUCUCCUCUGCAAUGUGGGUUGCUGUCAUUUCAGUAAUGUGUAUGUUUACAAAAGAAAAAAAAAAUCUGUGUUUCGAGGUUGAAGCCUCACCUUUUUUUCUCCUUUACAUGCAGCCCUCUCCUCUUGCCUCUCAAGGGUUGAGGGGUCCUUUCUAACUUAGGCCAAGUAAUGGUUACUUUUCGUGGUAUCCUGAGGUUCAGGGUGUUUUAAGCUGGGGGUAGGUGGUUAGAGGCAGGAGUAGAAGUGAAAGGAAAGGUCUGAUUCUCCUAGAGGACACAAGAAGACCUCCUUUUUCUGGAAUUAGGGAAUCUGCCGGAAGGAGCUGUUUUAGGCAUUUCUGCUCUGAGCCUUCUAUAUGCAAACACUGCGGUUUUAGCUGCAAGCUCAGAAGUGCUGCUGUAAACGUAGCAGGGUGAGAAUGAAGUUCCUGUAUUUUCCUUUGAAUGGUGAGUCAGGGCUUCUGGGUUCCCUUAACUUUGUGCUUGUCUCGGUAGCUUUCUGUCUCACAUAUCCGCAUGUCCACCCUCCUGCUCAUGUAGAGGGCCAGGGUAUGGGGGGCCCCAGAGGAGAAUGUGGCAGUGAGGCAGUGCCAUGUUUCAGGUCAUAGGGGCGUUGGGCUCAGCUGACCCCAACGCAGAACUUCUCCCUUUAAGAGAGAUUCCAAUAAAUCGGUUCUUCCCUACCUUGCCAGCUUCUUCAUAGGAUCAGAAAUCUUGCGCAGAGCCUCUGCUUGGCUGAACAGCGUGUGCGUUAUCUCUUCGGUUACCUUUGCCACUGUUGAGCAUCCUCAGAGUAUGUCUUGCCUGGGCCAUGAAGUGGAGCCUGUGGCCUUGGAAAUCACCUUUUGAAGCCUUGCUCUGUGCCAGAUUCUGCUCCCCAACAUGAGAAAUUAACAGGCACAACCCAGGAUCCUUUGCUACCAGUUCUUUACUAGGGAAUCCCACAGUGGCAACAGAAGCUAGGAGCCAUGUGGACCUGCUUUUCUGCCAGUCUUGAAAUACUUUCUGAGAAACCAUCUGCUUUUGUUCAGAAGAAAGUGCUGAACAUCGUUCACAGACUUCUAGGUCUGUACGCUCCUUAGGGGCGGGCAUUAUGAUUACCAUUGGCCUCCUGGAGGAGGGUUAGAAACCUGUGGCGUGACACCUUCUGCCACUAUCUCCUGCCGGGCCUCAGCCCUCGCCUGCCUGAGCAGGCCUAGUUCUCUUGUGAAGCUUUCAGCCUGAUCUCAUGCCACACUGUGAAAUGAACCAUGUGCCAGUUUGGAAAUAAUUGCUGACCUGAGAUGCUGGCUGGGCCGCCCUGUUGUUCAUGAAUAAGUCAGAAGAAAUUCCAGGUGGGAGUAGAAUUCAGGUUUGGGGCUCAUUGGUAUCCAUGUAAAAUAUGACAAAGGCCUGUUCAAGAGGGUGUUUUCAAUUCUGUAGGCUCAGCAGAUGAUACUACCCAGCCUUUGGGAAAAUGUCCAGUUGGCCCCGGCUUAGGACUCUCCACAAGGAGUUUGAAAUGGUAGGGCUUAUCCCCUACCAGACUAAAAGUAUGGCCCAAAUUAAAGUGUUUAUAAUUUGCUUGGCCUUUAAACAUGAAACAUUCCUUAUGCCUGGUAGAGACCAUUCCAGUGUCAGUGUCCCACCUGGGACCUGUACAGUCCUCAGUAUAUUAUGAUUGCAAUGAAUUAGAAGGCUUUUGCCUUCCAUAUCCAUCAUCCAUUAUAGCAUCUGUGCUUCCGUCUGGUUAAGGGGAGGGAAGCUGAAAUCAUUGAUGUAUCAAUAGAAGUAAUAUAGCACAGGAACUUGCAUCUAUAACUUACCUUGUUUUGUUCCACUUUAAAGUCAAGACAAGAAAGUUAAGAUAGCACACAGGUGCACAUGCUUCCAGAUGCCACAUGUGAACAUUUGUUGAUCAUGUGACUACCGAUGAUACUUUAGCUAGAAGAUAAAUUAAAUCUUAGCUAAAUCAUUGUUUUUCGUUCUGGUGGCUAUGAGGAUGAAUUUGCUCUCAGUCUUGAUACACUGAAAGCCAUUCAAACACAAUAAAAGAUGAAGUCACUCACCUUUAAACUGAGGCCUUCAGGGAAGCUUUUGUAAAGGACAGUAAUGAAUUAGGCUUUCAGUUGUAAGACAUCAACCCUCCAAGAAGAGGCAGAGACCCGAGGGACCAUUUAUUUCCCUUUGAAACUGCAUAGCCCAGGGAAUGGAUUGAGAUGCUUUCUCCAGUCCCUGUAUAGGUUAUCCUUGCAGAGGUAAAGGAGGAGGGGCAGGUGGAUGAAUAAAAUAGGAUAAUGCUCAGCUUGGCAGUGAACUUGCCUUAGUGUGAUGACAGGUCUAACAUGGGCAAGACAAUUAGAAUGGGGACCAAUAUGCCAGGCAUGGGCUUUUAUCUCCCUAAUAGAUCCCAAGCUAGUAGGCUUGGAUUCUGCCAAGUGGCCAGCCCUCCUGUCUUCUCCCCGUACCUUGUAGUUAGACCAAGGUGAGAAUCCUGCUGACCCCAGUCCCGUCCCCUCUCAUUUCAGGAAAACCCUUUUGUGAUUCAGGUAGGGGGAGAGGAGGAGUUAAGGGCUCCAUUUACUCCCAAGUCAUGAAUUUUUAAUAUUCCAUUUUUAUUACUAAUAUACCUCUCUUCCUAGAAGCUACUGGAGUGUUGAGUGUUGUGGGAAAAGGCUAACUGUGAAUUAAGUUAAUGUUUUUCUUAUAAGAAAUGGAAGUUUAUUUUUUUAUUGAUAUUACUAUGUGAUGAACUGAGUAUGCAUAUACUGAAAUGGAAGGAAAUUUUAAAACUAUUAUUCUAGAAGAAAUGGGCAGUUUUGUAAUUUGGUGGUGGCUGAGACCCCAUAGAAGUUUUACUAUGUAAAUAAUUUGGAGAGUGAAUAAGGAGACUGUGCUAUGAAAUCUUGACAGCGUUCUUUAGGAGGCAGUCUUGACAGUCCUAGGAAGGUUGACAUAAAAAUACCAACCUUCAGUAAAGCUCUAGUAGAAAAAAGGGUAAAUGUCAUCAUUCUUAUUUUUAGGCCUCUUUCUUGAGAGAGGUGGGAGUGGGAGGUAGUGUUAUAACUGGCACUUUAAUUUGUUUUUGGAACUAGAAUUUAGGGGCAGUUGGAUGAAAUUGCAAAUUUAGAAGGGGAAUAAGAAUUUUCUAUUGCUAUAUAAAGAAAUGAUGAUGGAGAAAAAAGCCUUGCUUUCCUCUUUUUAGAAUUUAUUUUCGACUUUUAGCAUACUGUGGGGCUUUUAGAGCUAAUAUGAUCUAAAUUCAGAAAAUUUAAUUUCCAUAGUAGGCCAGGUGUGAAUUACUUAUGUUUGCUGUAGAAUGCUUAUUUAGACUAAUAAUAAAUUUACUUUGCUUUCUAAGGCUAGUCAGCGAAUGUGGGGAUGAGGCAGGAUGUUUUAAAUUAGCCAGAGAUGAUCCACAAAGUGAAUAGUCCACACAGAGGUCAUUGAAUUGGAUGGUUGCAAAUAUAUUGACAUUAGAGUGAAAACUCCUUCCUUUGGGUAAACUAAAGAAAGAUAAAGUAUACUAAAAAAUUUUAGAUGGUGUUAUACAAAAAAAAGUUUGGUUCUAACGCGUCCACGAAGACUGUCAAGUGAAGAAUGGUGGAGAUUCUUGGCGUUUGAGCAGCCAACCUGGAUGAGUGACUUCAGGGACAGAGCAGAGGAAAGCAAAAUGAAUUUUCUUUAUUUACCCAAAGCUUGUUGACUGAAUUUUUGUAUAGGUCCGGGAAAAUAAGCCUAAACAAAUAGUUGUAGCCUUAGAAAAACUGUUUUCCCAUUUCUUUCUGAGUUAGAAUCAGCAUAGCCUCCCUGUCGCCUUAAAUGUAAAAAUCCUAUUUUGAUUAAUACCCCAGCCUAAGAGUUAUAGCAAUACGAGAGACUGAAUCUAUUUUUGUUUUGGGUCUUUACCUCAUAUUAUGAAAUUAGUAAGACACUUCAUAAAUUUUGCCCUGAAUACUGGUGUGCCUAGGUAUGCCGUGCUCUCUCUCCGCGUCCAGUGGUGGUCAUUUUAAGGCCUAAAGAAAGCUGGGGUUAAUCCUGAAGCUAAGAGUAAAUGUUUCUUGAAUUGAUUUUGUUCUGUGGUACAAAUAACAUCUUUGAAUAUCAUGUCUGUAUAUAUCUGAACCAAGUUGUGUGCAGAGAGGUUGAUAUAACUAUAUUUACAGAAAAUGAUUUUUACAAUUAAAGUUCACAUUUUAACAUGAACAA